UUUCUGCCUUCUCCUUUCUAUUUCUUCCAUAUUUUGGGCUUUGGCAAAUGCCACUUCAAUUUAUCCAUAACACGUCCAUGUCCAUUUGUUCGUUUAAUCGUCGAAUCUCUCGCUCUAAAAGUCCCUUUGGCCACCAAACCAGCUGGUUCUGGUGUCCACCCAUCAACCACGCCUUGUUUCUGCAAAUUACGCAUCAAGAAUUUCCCUUCCCAAACUGCCCUCAUCCCUCUUUGUUCUACUGCUAAUGACUCUUCUCUUGACACCUCCACCUUAUCCAAUGGCUUCCACCUUGACGCUAACACCAUUCGUCGUCUCCCUGGUAAGCCAAUCACACUCCGUGUGGAAGUUUUCACUGGCCGAAUGGGACGCACUUGUGGAGUCAAUGGCGGGAAGUUAUUGGGUCAAGUCCAAGUCAGUGUAGAUUUGAGGAAUGUUCAGUCCAACCCAAGAGUAUUUCAAAAUGGAUGGUUAAAGCUGGGGAACCAGCCAGAUAAACCAGCAGCUCUACUCCAUCUGGUAGUCUAGGCUGAACCAGACCCACAAUGUUUUCAGUUUGGUGGCGAACCUGAUUGUAGCCCAGUGGUUUUUCAAAUACAAGGGAAUAUACGUCAACCCUUUUUUAGUUGCAAGCUCUAUGCAGACCGGAACUCAAGAACCCAAUAAUUCAAUUUGUUUAUCUUUUUGUUAUUUGGUACAUUUUAGUGGGUAUAAAAAGUCGAGUGCUAACAUGCGCUUAUGAUGGCAGGGUAAUGAUAAUUUGAAUAAUUAAUGAAUAAAGUGAAUAAAGAUUUGUCUCAACCAA